AUGGCCGAAAACUUCCAGCAUCCGCUCCAAUGCAUGCAAUUUGUCAAGAAAAAGAAUGGCGACUCUAGAAAUGUGCUCGUAGCAUCAGCUGGCGCAAAGCUGUUCUCUUAUUCUGCGGAAUCUGGAAAGCGGCUCUCCGUCUGGCCGCAAGAUGGUGUGGAUGAUCCUAAUGCAAACAAUGCUGGAUCUAACCUAGAGAUUGAAGGCCCUCCUGGGAAAAAGAGAAAGGUUGAUACAUCUUCGGAGCAGAAAGUUGGCGUGGAAUCUACAAAGAAGCCCGCUGCCUGGACGAGCAUACCCGUUGUGACGUCCACAUCUGAUGGUGAAUAUCUCGUUGCGCUCACAGGAGAAGACAAAUGCGUCCGUGUCUUUCAAAUCGAGGGAGACGGUUCGUUCUUGCAAUUAAGUGAAAGGCAAAUGCCCAAGCGGCCGUGCGCCAUCACAUUCAUGGAAAACAGUGACAUCCUGACCGGCGACAAGUUCGGAGAUGUCUAUUCCAUGCCAUUAAUACCCAGCGCUGAGCCACGUGCUGUCUCAAAGACUCGGAACCAGAUGGGUUCCAUGCGUAUUGCUGCCACAAACCUCACUGUGCAUACGCAGCGCAAUCUCAGGUCACUUGAAAUGCAAUUAGAGCGGCAGAAUGACUCCAAUCAGAAGAAGGAAUCUGAAAAGCCCAUCUUCGAUCAUGACCUGCUUCUAGGCCAUGUCUCCCUCCUCACAGAUGUCGCUUUUGCCUCACUUCCUUCACCGGAUCCAUCAUCUACCCAGAAAAGAAGCUAUAUUCUCAGUGCUGAUAGAGAUGAACAUAUCCGUGUCUCUCGCAGCGCUCCCCAAGCACAUGUCAUUGAGAACUACUGCCUUGGACACACUUCAUUCAUUUCCAAACUCUGCAUUCCCCAAUGGGCACCGGAAUUCCUUAUCUCUGGCGGCGGUGACCCUCAUCUCAUCGUCUGGAACUGGGCAGCUGGCGAACUCCUACACACGGUGCCCCUCAUCGAGGAAUCUCUUGAAGGCAAGGAAGUGGCUGUUCGCGGAAUCUGGGCAGCCUCUCUUGGUCCAGAAGCCCAGCGUGUUAUUUUUGUCUCUCUGGAAGGAAGCCCAACCCUCCAAACAUUCACUCUAGAAACCAACGGCUCAAUAACACCGCAGGAUCCCGUCAAGGCCUCAGGCAAUGUCCUGGACGUCCAAGUCAGCGAGGACGCCAAUACGGUGCUCAUCUCAGUCGAUUGCAUCCGUGAGCCAGGGUCAACACAAGAAUGGCGAUCAAGCCCAGUUCCUUCGGCUUCUCUGCUUGAGGCAUUCCGACUGAAGCAAGGUUCCAGGAACAAAUUAGAAUGGGAAUCUGUUUCAGACGCAGUGAUCAACACAAUCAAUGAAGCGGGGACGUCACCUGUAUCAUUGCCCGCGGAUGGUGAUCACAAACAGAAAGCCGCAUUGAACAAUUCUUUAUAUACCAUGACAAACCUAAGGAAGAAGCUUGGCGAGGACUACGAUGAGAGGUAA